CUUCGUGCUCAUCCACUGCCUGUUAUCGUAUCUCAUGGCCCCUUUGCGUCGCAGAAAUGGCCGCCAGCCCGCGUGCGAGCCCUGUCGUCGGCGGAAGCUCGCAUGCGACCAUGGACUGCCAAGCUGCAGCCGAUGCGAAAGGCUAUCAAUAAAGUGUUUAUACCUCGCCAACCCAUUGACCAAGGCAAAAUCCAUCAGUGACACAGCUGAAGCUACACCGGACUCUAGUGUCUCAAGCGGCAACAGCAUUAUUCCGAACGCGAAGACUUGUCCUGGCGCUCAGUCCACCACGCCUAUCAUCGAGAGCUCCGCGGAGUAUCUUGGGCCAACGAGCUUCACCUCCGUGUUCGUCGAGCACAGGGAACGCUUUGAGGUCGACCAUGCACUGGUAGGCUCCGAUACAAGUGCUACUGGCUACACAGGCCGACAAUCGCCGACUCCACAAGGGACGAACCCGGUCACACCUCGCUUACUCCAACUCGGGGUACAGAUCCUGCAGAACAUUCCAGACGAGGAGACGUGCAAUAUGAUCUUUGUGAACCGCAAGGUAUUCAUGGACUGGUGCUUCAGGCUGGCAAACUGGCAGGCCUCGAAGCUCACGUGGGAUGAGUACAGGCCUGUACUGAACGCACGGACGAACGAAAACCUGCAUAGUCUUGCUAGGCGCCUGUCGGAGUGCACCAUGGUUCCACUACCUGCUGAGCAGGAUCCACAACGCUGGAUUGAGUCAUUCUCCGGCAAGAACGCCCGAUGGGAACUUAUUGGCAUUCUUUUCACUUACUGGUCGUAUGGAUGCGUAUCCUUGACACAUGAUAGUAAAGCGAUUUCACGCUACUGCGCGAGCCGGACGAUAAAGGGUUCGAAGGAUAUGAUGCUGCAUUUUAAGAAGUGUGCUUCCAUGUGCAUUGAGAUGUGCAGCGAGCUGGGAGGAAUCAAUGUUCUCUUUUUGCACCUGUUGUACAAGCAUAAUAUCAUGGAGAGCAAUGUGAGUGGGGAUAAGAGUCUUUCCUGCUGGCGGCAACAUGGCGAUACCAUUGCUGUAACCACGUCUAUUGGGCUUCAUCGCGAGCCAUCUUCGGAGUGGAAAGAGGUAUCAUUUCAGCAUGAGCUUAAGCGGCGUAUCUACUCGGCGAUCUUCGCCUUUGACAAAGUUGCAUCCACUCUUACCGGUCGGCCGCCGCUUCUCAGUCGAAGAUACUCGACCACGCAGUUACCUUUGGACAUCAGUGACGAUGAUAUACUUUCAGGCAAUGUGCGGACUGCAGCUGCAAAAUUAGAUUCCGACGGGUGGAAUCGCAAUGGCGGCAGAGUCUUCAACCAGGCCACACCCCUCCGCGCAAGGGCCAUGUUUGCCAGGAAUCGCGAAGAGAUUCUGGAAGUUGUGGAGUGUUCUGUGGAACACAUAUCUGACUCGGCAAUUGAGACGUGCUUUGAUCUUAAAGCUCAGGCAACCGCGAUCUAUGCUAAGCUGCCCGAAAGCCUCGUCCACAGGGUCGAGGAUAUAGACGAUUUAGAUAUACCUGGGCAUUACUUACACACGCGUAUACUUGUUCGAUUGGAAUACUUGCUCAAUAUGUUUCUUCUGGAAAGACUACUGACACGCCACAAGACUGUCACUGAACAGGCGCUCAUAGGGGUGAGCCAGGAAAUGCUAGCUCUAGCGUUACUGUACUGGAAACACAAGGACCGAUUUAUGGGCCUUCACAACGACUUUUCAUGGCUAGCCAUGUCCUACGGCGCUCCAUGUAGUGGAAUUCUCUGUCUCGAGCUGUUGCGCCAAGCUUCCAACCCACAGGCUUAUAUCCUGGAUUUACCUCGUUCGGAGGUCAUCCAGAACCUAAGUUUGUUUGUAGCCUUUUUGGAUUGGCUCAAACCUUCGGGUGCGGACAUUUCUGCCAAAUCGCAAAUCAAGAGCAUCCUGCAACGAUCGCUUGACCGAAUUCUCGCUAUGCCUGCUUCGCUGUGCAGUCCAGUGACCGCCAUGGAUAACUUUGGCAUGCAGGACUUUAUUGGCGCAGAAUAUCCGCACCUGGAGCUCUUGAACACUUUCAACUGGGUUGACUGGGACGGAGGGCUAUGAACGCAUCAAAACCCUGAUGUUAACUUAUAUCAGUCGUUCCAUCUAGAGUGUAUUGCAUUUGAGAAAUUGCUCUACCUCCACCGAGCCCUCGAGCUGCGUCUAUCGUCACAACCCACGGUCUAUGAUAUACCUCUAUAUUCUAGAUCUAGAUUUUCCAACUUCCAAAAAACAAGAAGGGUGACAUCAUUCUCACCCCAUCCUUAUAUAGCUGGAUCAAAAUUGGGUUGAUCCAGAUUGGCACCGUCCACAGCAUAAACAGCGCUACCCAGACAUAACCGAUCACUC